CUUUGCUCUCUAUCUCUAUCUCUCUCUCUCUCUCUCACACCUCAAUCUCUCCACCUCUCUCUGUCUCUCGUUUUUUUUUUUUUUUUUUAUCUGGGAUUUUCACUACGUACACAAAACCAGGGUGAGUCGACCCGCCUAACUCGUCAGCAUGGACACUGUGGAUCCUACGCGAGCUUUUGUCAAGAAUGUUAAGCGUAUCAUCGUCAAGGUUGGCACUGCUGUGGUCACUCGUGGUGAUGGAAGACUGGCAUUGGGUAGACUAGGAUCUCUUUGUGAGCAGCUUAAAGAUAUAAAUUCUCAGGGCUAUGAGGUUAUUUUGGUGACCUCAGGAGCUGUUGGGCUUGGCCGUCAAAGGCUGAGAUACAGGAGAUUGGCAAAUAGCAGCUUUGCUGAUCUCCAAAACCCACAAAAUGAUUUUGAUGGAAAGGCUUGUGCAGCUGUUGGACAGAGUAGUCUCAUGGCUCUUUAUGAUGCCAUGUUCAGCCAGCUUGAUGUGACUUCUUCUCAGCUUCUCGUGACAGAUAGUGUUUUCAGGGAUGAAGCUUUCAGAAAGCAGCUCUCUGAAACUGUGAAGUCCUUGUUAAAACUGAGGGUUAUUCCCAUAUUCAACGAAAAUGAUGCAGUUAGUACUAGGAAGGCCCCUUAUGAAUUCUGUUUGCAGGACUCUUCUGGUAUAUUUUGGGACAAUGAUAGUUUGGCUGGUCUAUUGGCCCUCGAACUGAAGGCUGAUCUUCUUGUGUUGCUAAGUGAUGUAGAGGGUCUCUACAGUGGUCCUCCCACUGAUCCAAAGUCAAAGUUAAUCCGUACAUACGUGAAAGAAAAACAUCAUGGAGAAAUAACAUUUGGAGACAAGUCAAGGGUGGGCAGGGGGGGUAUGACCGCUAAAGUCAAUGCUGCUGUGUGUGCCGCUUAUGGUGGAAUCCCUGUUGUUAUCACUAGUGGCUAUGCUAAUGAUAACAUUAUCAAAGUGCUUCAAGGAGAACGAAUUGGUACUGUCUUUCAUCAAGAUGCACAUUUGUGGACUCUGGUUAAAGAAGAAUGUGCACGCGACUUGGCUGUUGCAGCACGGGAAUGUUCUAGAAAGCUUCGAGCUCUAAACUCUCUGGAUAGGAGGCAAAUAUUGCUCGAUGUAGCUGAUGCCUUGGAGGCAAAUGAAAGUGACAUUUUAGCUGAAAAUGAAGCUGAUAUUGCAGCUGCGCAGGAAGCUGGAUAUGAUGGGGCACUAAUAGCUCGGUUGGCCCUAAAGCCUGGGAAGAUUUCUGCACUUGCAAAAUCUAUGCGUCAACUUGCAGACAUGGAAGAGCCCAUUGGCCAGGUCUUGCAGAAAACAGAGGUUGCAGAUGGACUUGUCUUAGAGAAAGUGACUUGUCCCUUGGGUGUUCUUUUGGUUGUUUUUGAGUCUCGACCUGAUGCCCUUGUUCAGAUAGCUUCAUUAGCAAUUCAAAGUCGGAAUGGUCUUCUGCUUAAAGGUGGGAAAGAAGCCAAGAGGUCAAAUGCUAUCUUGCACAAGGUCAUCACCAAAGCAAUCCCAGAUACUGUUGGUGGCAAGCUUAUUGGACUUGUAACUUCAAGAGAUGAUAUUCCUGAUCUGCUGAAGCUCGAUGAUGUGAUAGAUCUUGUCAUCCCUAGAGGCAGUAAUAAACUCGUUUCUCAAAUCAAGGAGUCGACAAAGAUACCUGUUCUUGGUCAUGCCGAUGGGAUCUGCCAUGUUUAUAUCGAUAAGUCAGCUAAUUUGGAGAUGGCAAAGCGCAUUGUUCAUGAUGCAAAGACAGAUUAUCCUGCAGCCUGUAAUGCAAUGGAAACACUUCUUGUACACCAGGAUUUGUUUAACAAUGGUCAGCUUAAUGAGAUAAUCACACAACUCCGAGAGUCAGGUGUUACUUUGUAUGGUGGACCACAUGCAGCAGUUUUGUUAAAUCUUUCAGAGACAAGCACAUUGCAUCACGAGUACAGUUCAAUGGCUUGCACAGUUGAAAUUGUAGAUGAUGUGCAUGAUGCAGUUGACCACAUUCAUGUAUAUGGAAGUGGUCACACUGAAUGCAUUGUUACUGAAGAUGAUGAAGUUGCUGAAUAUUUCUUAAGCCAAGUUGACAGCGCUGCAGUAUUUCACAAUGCAAGUACACGAUUCUGCGACGGAGCUCGAUUUGGUCUUGGUGCAGAGGUUGGGAUAAGUACAAGCAGGAUUCACGCUCGAGGUCCUGUAGGAGUUGAAGGACUGCUAACAACCAGAUGGACUCUGAGGGGGAAAGGGCAGAUCGUCGAUGGUGAUAAUGGGGUCGAAUACACUCACAAGAAUUUACUUAAAAGUUCCUAAAUCUCGGUGGCAGAGUAAAGCUUUAUAGAACACAAUUACAUAUCAAUGUUAACCUUGUCGACCUCAUGCGUAGCUGCAGUCUAUUAUUUCUCAAUUAUAGUGUAGGAGUACCUAGUAUCCUUGCUCCAUAGAUACUAUAUAUUCUAUUAUCAUGUAAUUUCACUCUUAUUCCCUUUGCCAGAUUUUGAUUACCUGGAUUAUAUAAGGGGCCUCAUGUUAUCAUCCUUUUUUUUUCGGUGAGAACAUGCAUGUAAUCAUCCUUCUACUGAUGAAUGAUUUUAUCAUUUGUGUUGGCUAUGCUUAUAGGCUAUGGGGUGCAGGAAUUUAAAUUCUUAGGUGCAUGAGCUUUUCUUUUCCAAUUUAGAGAUAGGUUAGAUCAAGGUUAUGUCUCUCGUACCAAAAUCUACUCUUUUGGGUAGGCCGUACUUCCUGAGUUGCAGUGAUUGAGCAAAUGGAGAAAUUGGAAGCAAUAUAAGCUUCAAAAUGGAGAAAUUUCCCAAGCUUAAUCUUGGUUAUAAACGCCGACUAUCAGUUCCAUUUAUGAAAUUAUAACAACAUAAUUAAGCAAAAAAAAAGAGAAAAAAGAACGCGCCUCACGCGCCUGGUUUUCCUGACAGAGAGUGAUGCUCCGUCCGGCGGCGCAUCCUUGUUACGUCAUCGUCGGACGGGUCUGUGUUGUUUUUACGCAGUCCGGAGGGGGGCUCAGGCGAAGACGUGGCCGUGGGAAGGUGGCAGGUUGUGGUCGGUCUGUGAGUUCUCGAUGCAGCUUGUGGACUUCUGCAGGUGAGGAGCGGAGGUGCGGCGCUGUUGAGCGGCGGGAUGUUCUGGUGUCAUCUUUGCUUCUAAGUUCUGGGAGUGGGCGGCGGCGAUUUGGUGUUCUGGGCAUAGUCGAUCCAGAUCUGGAUCUAUUCUGUCUGUGGAUCCGGAUGCUGUUGCCGUUCAGACUCAUGUCGGGGUGGCCCGAUGUUUUGCGGCGCAGCUGUGUGGCGUCUCGGUGCUGGGAUGGGUGGGUACCUGGUCGUCUUGGGUGCUUGUUCAGGCUGCGGUGGGAUGGUGAUCGAAUCGGGUGGACUCAUGGUGAUCGGAGGGCUGAGAGAGACGGUGCUCCUCGCAGGCGAUUUCAUGCCAGUCGGACGGUGUGGAUCUGGCUUGCAGGACGGCGGCGUGCGGCUUGCAGUCUGUGCUCCUCUUUGGUUGGGCUAUGUGCGGUUUGGACCUGGGCUCUGGGCCCAAAUUCGCUUUAUUGUUUUAAGUUUUAUUGUUUUUUGUCUUUUUCAGGUAAUGGUGGCUAUAUGCCAGUAAUAAGUCCCUGCCGAGUUGUGGCAGGGCGACGUGGGCUUGGUCCCGGACUGCACCCUUUGUGUGCCUGGUCUGUCCUAGGUAGGCAGCGAGUUCCUUGCGUUUGCAAAUGGUCGCGGUCCUCUAGUGGCAGUAAUGUUUCUGCACUAGCUAGGCGGCGAGUUCCUUGCGUUUGCAAAUGGUUGCUGCCUCCUAGUGGCAGGGUGAAACUGCGUGUCGUAGGAGUUCUCUCCCGACGGCAACAUAACAGAAAAGUUGUGCCUAUGGCAUUUAUGCUA